GUUUUGCUAUUGGUGAUAUGAGCAGUACUAUUGCUGCUACUCACAUCACCAGUAGGACAACCUUUGAAGAUUUGCAGAAGAAAGUACGGAAUGAUCUAACUGGAGUUCUAUAUGGUGAAGAUAUUGAAAUAUCAGAUACAGAGAGUUUUUCUAAUGAUCCUUGUACAAGUGUCAAAAAGCUUAAGGGAAAUGACGUUAGAAUUAUCCUUGGCCAGUUUAAUGAGGAAAUGGCAGCAAAAGUGUUCUGUUGUGCAUUUAAUGAAAAAAUGUUCGGCCCUAAGUAUCAAUGGAUAAUUCCUGGGUGGUAUCAGAGCUUUUGGUGGGAAAAAGCUAUCCCAAAGCUGAAUUCAUCACACUGUCUUGGUAUAAACCUUCUGGGUGCAAUGGAAGGUUACAUUGGAGUGGAUUUUGAACCUCUCAGUUCGAAACAAAUAAAAACCAUUUCUGGACGGACACCACAGCAGUAUGAAGAGGAAUAUGAUCAAAGACGUGGAAAUGUUGAGCCAAGUAAGUUCCAUGGCUUUGCUUAUGAUGGAAUAUGGGUAAUUGCCAAAACACUGCAGCAGGCAAUGAAGAUUCUUAAUGCCACCAACAGAAACCAAAAAAUUGAAGACUUUAACUAUACCAACAAAGAACUUGGAAAGAUUUUCUUGGAUGCAAUGAAUCAGACCAGCUUCUUUGGCGUAACGGGUCAAGUUAUGUUCAGAAAUGGAGAGAGGAUGGGGACCAUCAAAUUCACACAGUUUCAAGACAAAAAGGAAGUAAAGGUGGGAGAAUAUAAUGCUAUACGUGAUUCACUGGAAAUCAUCAACAAUUCCAUCAAAUUCCAUGGGAAAGAACCUCCAAAAGAUAGAACAAUUAUCCAAAAGCAACUUCGUAAGAUUUCUCUGCCUCUCUACAGUAUUCUUUCAGCACUUACUAUCUUGGGAAUGAUCAUGGCCAGUGCGUUUUUGUUCUUUAACAUCAAAAACAGAAAUCAGAAGCUAAUAAAGAUGUCUAGUCCUUACAUGAACAAUCUCAUUAUUCUUGGGGGAAUGCUGUCCUAUGCAUCUAUAUUCCUUUUUGGGCUUGAUGGAUCUUUUGUUUCUGAGAAAACAUUUGAGACUCUUUGUACUAUCCGGACAUGGAUUCUUACAGUGGGUUAUACUACGGCAUUUGGAGCAAUGUUUGCAAAAACAUGGAGGGUCCAUGCAAUCUUCAAAAAUGUAAAAAUGAAAAAAAAGAUCAUUAAGGACCAAAAACUAAUGGUGAUCGUUGGAGGAAUGUUACUGAUAGAUCUUUGCAUCUUAAUUUGUUGGCAAGUUGUUGAUCCUUUGAGGAGAACAGUGGAAAAAUACAACAUGGAGCCCGACCCUGCCGGAAGAGAUAUUUCAAUUCUUCCUAUUUUGGAGCAUUGUGAAAACACUCACAUGACUAUCUGGCUUGGCAUCGUUUAUGCCUAUAAAGGCCUACUCAUGCUAUUUGGCUGUUUUUUAGCUUGGGAGACUCGAAAUGUGAGCAUUCCUGCUCUGAACGACAGUAAAUACAUCGGCAUGAGUGUUUAUAAUGUGGGCAUCAUGUGCAUCAUUGGAGCUGCGGUUUCCUUUCUUACACGAGACCAGCCCAAUGUACAGUUCUGCAUUGUGGCACUAGUCAUUAUAUUUUGUAGCACCAUUACCCUCUGCUUAGUCUUUGUACCUAAGUUAAUUACUCUGAAAACAAAUCCAGAUGCUGCGACUCGGAACAGAGGCCUUCAGUUCACCCAAAAUCAGAAGAAAGAUGAUUCAAAAACAUCAACAUCUGUCACCAGUGUCAACCAAGCCAGCACAUCUCGAUUAGAAGGGCUACAGUCAGAGAACCACCAGCUUAGAAUGAAAAUAACAGAGUUGGACAAAGCUCUAGAAGAAGUCACAAUGCAGCUUCAGGACACACCUGAAAAAACAACAUAUAUUAAACAGAACCACUAUCAGGAGCUCAAUGAUAUUCUCAGUAUACGCAAUUUUACAGAAAGCAAAGAUGGUGAAAAAACAGUGUUGAAAAAUCAUCUUGAUCAAAAUCCACAAGCACAAUGGAAUACUACAGAGUCGUCCAGAACAAGCAAAGAUUUUAUAGAAGAUAUCAACUCCCCAGAACACAUACAGCGGCGGCUCUCCUUACAGCUGCCCAUUCUUCAUCAUGCUUAUUUGCCAUCCAUUGGAGGAGUUGAUGCCAGCUGUGCCAGUCCAUGUGUCAGCCCCAGUGCCAGUCCGCGGCACAGACAUGUGCCACCAUCUUUUCGCGUGAUGGUCUCUGGCCUGUAG